AUGGAUAUGUCCUCGACCGCCUCAAAUGAAGACCUUCGAAAUGCCAUCGAACGUCUGGCUGUUUUUGUGGCGAAGAAUGGGCCAGACUUUGAAAAGAUGACAAUGGAGAAACAGGAAGGGAACCCGAAGUUUGCCUUCCUCUAUGGCGGCCCAUACAAUGAGUACUACCGUUUCUGCGUUGAACGUGAAGUUCAAAAAAGACCGCCCCAGCCUGAGUCCGAAUUCAUGAGAAGGAUGAAUUCCCAGAAAGAGCAGUUAAGGCAACAAAUCACUGACAGCGAGCGGAACUUGAAAGCUCAUCUUGAUUCCAUCCCUGCUAUGAAAGAGGCGCAAGUGGCACAAGCCGUAGUUAUGUCGGAAUCUCAGAAAAUGUCGCAAAUUUUGGCUAAUGUGAAUUUUGAUGUGGCACCUCUAGGUGCAAUAUUGGAUCAGCUCAAUGGAGGAAAGUGCUCUAAGGAUCUUGUUUCGACCAGCCGAAAGUGGAUAUUCGAGCACUGUCAGACAGAUCAGCUCAGAGAAGUUGUUCUCACCUAUCUCCUAAGCAGGGUCAAAGAUUCUCAUGCUAAUGACAAUUUUCGAUUGAACAUACUCUAUGUUAUCAAUGACUGGGCAUACCAAUGUCAGCGAAAACGUUUGGAUUCCCAAACGCAGAUGUUGUCGCGUUACGUUCCGCAAAUGUACGCCUUUACUGUGGAGCUCUCUCAGGAUGGUAUGAUGCAGCAGAAACUAGACAAACUGAUCGGUGUUUGGGAAGGUCACAAAUAUUUCAACGAUCAGUGUUUCAAG